UAGAGCGAGUUUACAUUGUAGUUUUUUGACGAGAAUGAAUGGGCUCGGACGAAUGAUUGAUUGGUGUUGUACAUUAUAAAUUAAUUAGCAUUGUUUGCUGGGUAACAAUAUAUCUCAUGAACACACCCCCCCAUCAGUUCACUAGAGUAUCGCUUGCAAAUCUAACGGUCCCCUACAUCUUAACCAUAGUGCGUGUUGAACACCAAAAGUGCAAGACCUAUCUUCCCCCUUUCAACUCCCCUCCGCUUAACCCAAACCCACAUGGUAUAAGUUCAUUCGCCAGGAUAUUUUACCAGCUUCAAAGACUUGAAAUAUUCAAAUUUACGGUUUGAAUCGAGAUGCCAAAGUCAUUUCUUGUCAAGAAGAAGAAGCCGCGACGAAACUCGGAGACCGUCGACCCCGAAGCACGAGAAUGUCCAAUAUCGGGAGAUUCAACUCAAAAAACUGAAACUAAGGAACUUCUAGAGGAAAAGUCAAGUGAAAGCGAAGAUGUCGAGGAAGUAGAAGUGUCAGACAAGAAUGUAGAAAACGAAACAACAGAACAACCGCGAGAUGGUUGCCAUGAAAAGAAAGAAAAUCGAGACAUAAACUCGCAGGAAAACAAAGAAAAAGAGUUGGAUUUGAAAUCGAAAGAUUACGAAAAUGAUGAAGGCAUUCUUGAAGAGCAGAUGAAUGGAUGUCGAGAUUUAUGGUACAAGAGAAAUGAGGGUCUUCCUCCUCCACCGAAGCUUAUAAGCUGUCCUAUUCGUACUGAGAAUGGCCUUUCAAACAAAAUCCAUGGCAUUCCCGAACAUUCUCUAAACCACCUCCAUCCUGCUUUUAACGCUAAUGGAUUUUCAAAUUAUCACCAUCUGCUUGCCGAAGCGAUGCAACCACAGAUUUUCGAAAGUUCGCACGAAUUUCCGUAUCAUCUUCGGAUGUCUUCGGAAUGUCCUCGUGAUAUUCAAAUUUUUCCCGGUUUAGGAUCCUGUGGGGGACAUUUGGGGAAUCCGUUCUUUUUACCAAACCAUCCGUUCGGGUCGCCUCAACCUGUCGGGGGCCUUUCGCCCCUCGAGAAGCCACAAGAAAUUAAAAAAAUGGAAGUUGAAAUGAAAGAAGAGCAGAGUAAAUACAAAUGUGAAAUAUGCCAUAGUUCAUUCUCGCUACAAAGACUUCUAAACAGACACAUGAAGACUCAUUCUUUCUACAAACGUUACCACUGUCAAUUCUGUGGUAAGGGGUUUAACGAUACGUUUGAUCUUAAGCGUCACAUUCGCACACAUACUGGUAUAAAGCCGUUCAAGUGCAGUGAGUGCGAGAAGGCUUUCACUCAACGCUGUUCAUUGGAAGCGCACUUGACACGCGUGCAUGGCAUCGUGCACAAGUAUGGGUUCCGUGAGAGGCGCGAUAAAAUGUUUGUGUGCGAGGACUGUGGAAUGACGUUCAAGGAUUGUCCCGAUUACAUGAAACACAUCCAUGAAAAACAUCCCGAUACGGAGAAGAUCAUACGAGCAAGGAGAAAUGGCUUUGCAAAAAUGAAGGUCUCCUAGCUAGGUUUUGAUCUCAUCGUGCAACAAUUUUCCCACAGUAUCGAAGUUUUGUUGCAAUCCAAACUCGCUAAAUCAAACGCUAACUAUAUCCAUGACUUUGCUACGAACUGGUAUACUGCUCAGUUUUACUUUGAUAUUUUUGCUAGUUUUAUUGCAAAAUAUUAGGAUAUUUUUUUCAAAUAUUAAGCAGCUCAAAAAAAAAUGCUUCAAAUUUUCGUAAUUUAUAGCAACUAAUUUCGAAAAGUUGCGUUUCUUUUUUAACUCAACUGCAUUCUUAGCAUACCAGAAUAUCACGUGAGUGAUCAUGUGACUAAGAGUUGAUCAGGUGAUUGAUCACGUGACUGCGAGGUGAUCACGUGAAUUAUCAUGUGAUUUCAAAGAUAACCACGUGACUGAUUAUGUAGCUUCAAAUUCGAUAAUAAAUCACUUGUCUCGAUCUCAAACUUGAAAUUCUAGUAAAACGUAAAAUAAUUCAUGCAUUCAUUUUAAACGAAGGUUCAGUCACAGAAUAAAGGAAAGUAAUUAUUUAUUGAAAGAUUUGGCUGAAAAUGUGAGGAAUGUUUUCCUCGUUUGCUCAUGUUUGAAAUUAAUUCUUUACAUUAAUUCCCUCGUUUAUAUGCCAAUUUUCAAAUCAAGAUUUAUUUUUAUAUUUUGAUUUAGAUAUUAGUUGUGUUAGCUAGAAAAUCAUAGGAUCUAAACCAAACUUCGUUAGUCAUCAAAUGUGACUGUUUAUAAGAUGAUAAUACUUAUUCUCUUAUGGAAGGGAAUUUUAUAAGUUCAAAAUAUUUAGUUGAAAUCUAGUUUAGAUAUUGCAGGGCACUGCAAACCUGUGCGCAAUAAUGCAAAAAUCUUUUGCGAGCGUAAGAUAUUUGAUGAAAUAAAUUAUAUGCAACGUUGCGCACUUGAUAAAAUGAUGCACUAGUUUUUUAGUGCAAUAUUAAAGAACUUUAAGUAA